GUUCUGGCGCCGCGUCUGCCUCCUGCGCACCAUGGCGCCCGCGGGCACCCUGACCCGGCUGCUGAGCGUGGGUGUCCGGCCCAGGCCGCUCGGGCUGCACAUCCUCAAGGCGGCGACCCCGGGCCCGGCUUGGCCGAGCAGCAGAACGCUGGGAAAUGCCACGGCUCCCGCCCCGAGCGAGCCCGAGAGCAGCGACGACCUCCAGGACAGGGUCCUCAGCGAGCCCCUCAAGCACUCCGACUUCUUCAACGUCAAGGAGCUGUUUUCCGUGAGGAGCCUCUUCAAUGCCCGGGUGCACCUGGGACACAAAGCCGGCUGUCGGCACAGGUUCAUGGAGCCCUACAUCUUCGGGAGCCGCCUGGGCCAGGACAUCAUCGACCUGGAUCAGACCGCCGCGCACCUGCAGCUGGCCUUGAACUUCACGGCCCACGUGGCCUAUCGCAAGGGCAUCAUCUUGUUCGUGGGCCGCAAUCGGCAGUUCUCGCACCUGAUCGAGAACACGGCCCGGGCCUGCGGCGAGUACGCCCACACCCGCUACUUCAAGGGCGGCCUGCUGACCAACGCGCCCCUCCUGCUGGGCCCCGGCGUCCGCCUGCCGGACCUCCUCAUCUUCCUGAACACGCUCAACAACGUCUUUGAGCCCCACGUGGCCGUGAGAGACGCGGCCAAGAUGAACAUCCCCACGGUGGGCAUCGUGGACACCAACUGCAACCCCUGCCUCAUCACGUACCCUGUGCCCGGCAACGAUGACUCGCCCCCUUCCGUCCGGCUUUUCUGCCAUCUCUUCCGGGUCACCAUCAGCCGGGCCAAGGACAGGCGCAGGCAGGUCGAGGCCCUGUAUCGGCUGCAGAGCCAGGAGGGCGCCGAGCGCCGGGGUCCCGCAGACCCUCCGCCCCCAGAAGCUAGGCCGGCUUGACAGGCCGUUCCGCGGGGCGUGUCUGCUCUCCUCCCAAAUAAAAGCGGCGGCCAGGCCUGUUCCUAAGC